AUGGUGGACCCUGUCCGGCUCUGUGUCAGUGGCUUGGCACCGGGGGUGACCCCAUCGGAACUGGAGGCCCGAUUCCACCCCUUUGGGUCCGUGCUGAGCUGCGAGAUGAUAGCGCCCAAGGUGUAUGACAGUGUUGAGUUCCAUAGGGGGCUCGCCUACGUCACCCUGACUCCCAAGGACCCGGCUGCCCUGGCCAAUUGCCUGGCAGUGUACAAUGGCUGCAAGUGGCGAGGGGGCGUCCUCCGGUGUGCACCAGCCUGUCCAGACUACCGCGAACGACUCCGUAUGAUGCAGAGCGAUGAGGUGAAGCUGUUCGAAGCCGAUGCAUCUGUGGAUCCAUCAGGCGCAGAGGAGCUGGAACCCGAGAGCCCAGCAGUGCUACGGCUCAAGGGCCAGACGUAUGGGGAGGUUGUGACGAUAGCAAGCGCUGGGAAUGGAUCCCACCAGGCCCUGGAGGCUGCGCCGCCAGUCACAAUCGUGCAUGCCUUGCUGGACAAGUUUGCGGGGAGCAGCGACGAGGAGGAAAGGAUGCCCUUUGAUCCCGCGGACCUCCUGCCCUCGGCCUCUGACAGCAGCGGAGCGAGCGAGCUUGCCGAGUUCCUGGCGGGCGAGGAGGUGACUGAGCGGGACGGCGUGCCCGACUGGCUGGCCGCCGCCUUCCCCGCCGGUGCCACCUUCUUUCGCAGCGAGCCGCUUGCGAUGGUGGAGGCGACUUGGAGAGUGAAGAAGGAGGCCUGGACCCUGGACUACAAGUCCAAGAACAGGCAAGCGGUGCGCCAGGCAGGAAAGGGGGGGAAGUACAAGAGAGCGCGGACGUGA